AUGGAGAUCGCUGCUGUCUACGAGGGUCUAGCGACCAAAUGGCUUGCUGCCUAUGAUCUGGCAGGCUCAGGCUCACCAUGCCGUAUCGAAGGAGAACUGGCCGACCUUGUCGUACUUGGAGAGAUUCCGCCGGAGAUUAAUGGCACCUUUUAUCGCGUAAUGUGCGACCCGUUUGUUCCCCCGGACCCUAAUAAUGUUCCCAUUGAUGGCGACGGAAAUGUGUCGGCCUUUCGCAUCCACAAUGGACGUGUUGACAUGCGACUCAAGUACAUUGAGACUGAGCGGUAUAAACUUGAACGACGCGCCAACAAGGCCCUCUUCGGCUUGUAUCGCAACCCUUUCACACACCACCCGUGCGUGAGAGCCGCUGUCGACUCGACUGCAAAUACAAAUCUGGUGUACUGGGCCAAUCGCCUGCUCGCCUUAAAGGAAGUCGGUUUACCAUACGAGAUCGAUCCGGACACGCUGGAGACGCUAUCUUACGAUCCCUUCGGGGAUCAGAUCAAGGCCAAGACCUUUACGGCGCACCCAAAGGUUGAUCCCUUUUCCGAUGAGCUCGUCGUCUUUGGCUAUGAGGCCAAAGGUCUGGCGACAAAAGAUAUUGUCAUCUACGCUCUCGACAAGGACGGGAAGAAGCACGACGAGCAGUGGAUACAGUCGCCGUGGUGUGCGUUCAUCCACGACUGUGUCAUCACCCCCAAUUGGCUAGUCCUCGUGCUGUGGCCAUUCGAGGCCAAUAUGGCGCGCCUAAAGGCUGGAAAGCAACAUUGGGCCUGGGACUACAAACUGCCAGCCACAUUUAUUGUGGUCCCCAGGCGCAAGAGCACGCCGCUGCCUUCCGGCUGGAAACAGGGAGAAUCAAGGGUAUACUCGUGGAAGAACUGCAUGCCGAUCCAUACGGCCGGUGCCUGGGAAGGCGAGGACGGCAAAGUCUAUCUAGAGUCUUCGCGCGUGCACGACAAUGCCUUUCCCUUCUUCCCUCCAGACGAUGGACGGAUGCCCGCACCAGACGCCAAGGCCGACUUCGUACGCUGGGAGCUUGACCUGAACCAGCCGACAGGCAGCACAGUUCCGGACCCGACCGUUAUUCUAGAUGUCCCCUCCGAGUUCCCGCGAAUAGAUGAGCGUUUCAUGACUGGCAAGUACAGAUACCUCUUCCUCAAUGUCUUUAUGCCCGAGACCUCGGACGGCAAAAAGAACAUCUUUCACGGCCUAAAUGGACUCGCUAUGCACGACCACGAGACGAACAAGACUCGGUACUACUACGCAGGCGACGACUCGCUCGUCCAGGAGCCGAUCUUCAUCCCGCGCGGCCCUAAUGCUCCAGAGGGCGACGGCUGGGUCAUGGCCAUGGUGGAACGACGUGCUGCGAACAGGAAUGAUCUGGUGCUUUUGGACACGAAAGAGUUUGAGAAGCCCGUGGCAUUUGCGCAGCUGCCUAUGCAUGUCAAGGCGCAGAUCCAUGGAAACUGGGUCGAGGGAAACCAGAUGACUUCGGGCAGGAGUCUGGUGAGGGAGAUUCCAGAGUUCAGCAUCAGCGGCAAGGGGGCGUUGGAGCCUUUGGACUAG